UUCCACCUCUCCUCCUCGCAUUAUGCCGUCUCCAACUGUGAGGCGAUGCGACGCGGCCUCACUCACCGAAUCGACCUACCUGCUUUCUUUCUUCCCCCUCCGCCGCGAUCGUUUGCCUUCCCGAGAUCUUUGGGCCGUCCCACCUUCUCGGAAGAAGAGACGCCGAUACCGUAGGGUUGCGCCCCAACCCCCCCCUGAUUCGCCCCUUCGAUAAAUCCCGAUCGUCGUCAUCUUCUGCGUAUCGAGGCGUGGCGAAGCGUCGUGAUAAGGAUGUCAUGGAGCGUGGUCAACGAUGGCGAUGGGUUGCCCAGGAUCAUCCUGACGGAGCCUGCCGGCUCUUCCGCAGUGAUUCAUCUUUAUGGAGGACAAGUUCUGUCCUGGAAGAACGAAAAGCGAGAGGAGCUUCUUUUUGUGAGCACAAAGGCUAGCACAAAGUCACCUAAGCCAAUUAGAGGAGGAAUACCAAUCUGCUUCCCGCAGUUUGACAAUUUAGGUUAUCCGGAGCGGCAUGGAUUUGCUAGAAACAGAUUAUGGGAAUUGGACACAUGCCCAUCCCCGCUGCCACGUUCUAACAAUCAUUCUUCGGUGGACCUGAUUUUGAAGUCCACAGAUGAGGAUCUGAAGACAUGGCCGCAUAGCUUUGAAUUGCGACUUCGUGUUAUUCUGCAUCCUAGUAAGCUGACUUUGAUUCCUCGUGUGAGAAAUACUGGUAGCAAGGACUUCUCAUUCACUUUUGCAAUCCAAAAUUACCUGUCUAUGUCAGAUGUCAGUGAAAUUCGUGUCGAGGGAUUGGAAACGCUUGACUAUUUUGAUAAUCUUGAAAAUGGAGAGAGGUUUACGGAGCAGGGCGAUGCACUUACGUUUGAUGGAGAGGUGGACAGGGUGUACCUAAGGACCCCAGCCAAGAUUGCCAUCAUAGAUCACGAGAAGAAACGAACUUUGGUGCUGAGAAAAGAGUGCCUACCUGAUGCUGGGGUAUGGAACCCCUGGAAUAAGAAAGCCAAGGCUUUGCCAGAUUUUGGCGAUGAGGAUUACAAAGCCAUGCUGUGCAUCAAUUCGGCUGUUGCGGAAACCCCUGUGGUUCUGAAGCCUCUCGAGGAGUGGAGAGGAUGCCAGGAGCUUAGUGUUGUCUCAUCAAGCUACUGCAGUGGGCAACUGGAUCCCAGAAUAGUUCUCCAUGGAUGAACUCCACUCCCCUCUCCUACUCUUACCCAAUAACACCUGGCCAUGCAACAUUGCAGGGAAGCUUGUGUAUAACAAUGAGUAGUACUGUAGUGAUCGAGGCCUUUUUUUUUUCUUAAUUUAUUUUCUUGAUUAAAUAUAAGAUCAGAUUUGGUCGAGUCAUCAUGACUUGAAGAUUUCAUCAGAUGUGUGUGUAUAUGUAUAAAAUAUGUGGAAGAAUUACAUCAUGUGGUGUGUGUAGUAUAUGUAUAAGUAUAUGUGGAAGAAUUAAAAAAGCGUAAUUUAUGCGACA